AAAAACAAAAAAAAACAAAAACAAAAUGGCAAAAAUUUCAUUAGGGAUAUGUCUAAUGUUAGUAAUAGCAUCAAGUGUGAUCUAUGAAGCGCAAGGAACGUUCUUAUUAAAACUUUACUUGAAGAAGAACUUCCCAAGAAAAUGUAACGAGUUUACGCCUUUUGCUAACAAAGGUAUGUUGACGUUUGUGACCAACCUUGAAGAUAAUUGUCCCGCAACCGCGGAGUUCAAGAACUUCUUUACACAGUUCAAAUCUUACAUGUCCUUCAUCGAAACUGCGUCAACCUCAACGAAAAACAUUGACGCCGAGAUGACAUCCAAAUGUGAUGGACUAUUCAAAGCUAUGUCUGCGAUGAGCAGUGGUAAAGGCACAAAAUCAGCGGAUGCUGGUGGUCUAAAAGCUACCAUGUUGUCAAUGGGGAAAACUUUGGUUGAGCAGAAGAAGAAUACAAAGAUAAUGACAUUGAAGCAAAAGAAAGAGUUGAUCAUUUCUAUGGUGAAAUGGACUAAAAUGCUCGCUACAUUCGUGAAGUCGGCCUCCGAGAAGAAAGGAAAGACCAUCAAUAUAGCGUCAUAUGGCCUUGAUGUCGAUGUUAAUGACAGUUCUAUUGUUGGAACAACCGAAAGUAGGACAUCCUCAUCAACUAAAGCUGGAGCUGUUUCUACCGGUAGUAGUGGAAGUGUUUCUACCAAGACAAAAGUAUCCAGCAAUGGUGGAAGUUCUGGUGGAGCUAACAAAGACACUAAAGCUAAAAAUUCAGGCAGUCCAAGUGGAAGUCCCAAGGCUAAGCCUUCUGAUUCAGGAUCUGCUGGUGGUAAAGCCACUUUGAAGGGAAGUGCAAGUGCUAAAGAGAACACAAAUGCUGCAGGAGGCCUAAGUGGGAAAAGUAGCUUUUCGACUAAUACAGCAUCACAGAGAUCAAGCGAAAGGAAAAGCCAAUCAUCAAGACAAAGUUCAUUUAAGAGCUCAUACAAGAUAUCAGUGAAACAAGUUGAAAGUGAGACUUCCAAAGAAGUAAUGUCAUUCAUAAUGCAACUCGAGAAGAAGUAUUCCGCAAGGGCGGAAUUCAAGAUUUUCUUCGAGAAAUUGAAGGCUUCUAUGCAAGCUUCCUCAAGCAUUGCUUCCAAAACCUCAAAGGACUAUGUCUCUGCCACAUCAGCAGCCACCAGUAAACUAACUGAAGCCAUGGCUUUAGUUGGUUCAAAGAAUGUCAAAUCAGCAAAGAUGAAGAGCAACAUGGAAACAAGCAAAGAUGAAAUGAUCAAGUGUCUCAAACAAAUACAAGACAUCAACAGCAAAAUCUUGAGUGGCAAGACAGUGUCAUCAACACAACAGUCAGAGCUCAAGCAAACAAUCACAAAGUGGGAAAAAGUCACCACCCAGUUUGUUGAGACUGCUGCUUCUUCAAGCUCAUCUUCAUCCUCAUCUUCUUCUGCUUCUCAGCAGCAAGGCAGUGCAAGGAUGAUCAAAACCAACUAAGUUCAAAAGGCUACAAGUUGCAUUAAUGCGCCAAAAGAUCACCAAGAAAGAGAAAACCAAUACUAAUGCCAAAAUAUUACAAUAUGUAGCUAAUUACUAUUAGAUCAUUUUUUUUUGUUUACUGUAAAUAAAACUAAAAAUCGGUAUAAACCGAUGUGUACAAGUCAAAACUUUGUAAAAAAAAAAGCAUAUAGACUGUAACCCCAUUGUAUGGUAACAUACAAAAGUGAGUGAUAUACCCAUGAA